AUGGACGUUGAAGAAGCCGGUCUAGAAGAGCGCCUCAAGUCUGCCCUCUGGCUGUCCAUUGGAAAAAUUGUGGACGAAGAAACAGUCAAAUUGGGCGCAAAUGCCACUCCCCAGUUUAUCGGGGCUCUGACGGAGAUGGUCUGGGCGCAGAUAGAAACCGUCAGUCAAGACCUGGAAUCAUUCGCCAAACACGCCGGUCGCUCGACUAUCAAUCUCUCCGACGUGAUGCUACUGGCUCGCCGCAACGAAGGACUGGAGUCUAUCCUGCGUGCUUUUAUCGACCAAGAACGGGACGAAGAAGCCUGA